CAGAGGGUGGUGAGUGAGCGGCGGAGGCUUCGCAGCGCGGCCAUGGACCCGGUGGGGGCAGCAGACCCCUCAGCGCCCCCAGGCCCUUUGACUCACCUGAGCCUGCCGGACAACUCGGAGGCGCGGCCGCAGAGCGGAGCCGACGGGCGGAGCCUCCCAGGCAGUUGGAGCAGGUCAUCCCCAGAACGCGCCACAGUCCUGAGGGAAGGCGUGCGCCGGUGCCUGCAGCAGCAGUGUGAGCAGACAGUGCGGAUCCUGCAUGCCAAGGUGGCCCAGAAAUCAUACGGAAAUGAGAAGCGGUUCUUCUGCCCCCCGCCCUGUGUCUACCUCGCAGGUCCCGGCUGGAGGGUGAAGCCAGUUCAGGGCCAAGCCCACCAGGCAGGGGAGACGGGGCCCACGGUCUGCGGUUACAUGGGACUGGACGGCGCGUCCGGCAGUGCCGCCGAGACGCAGAAAUUGAAUUUCGAGGAGCAGCCGGACUCCAGGGAAUUCGGUUGCGCCAAGACCCUAUACAUCUCAGACGCAGACAAAAGGAAGCACUUCCGGCUGGUGCUACAGCUAGUGCUACGAGGCGGCCGGGAGCUGGGCACCUUCCACAGCCACCUCAUCAAGGUCAUAUCGAAGCCCUCGCAGAAGAAGCAGUCGCUGAAAAACACCGACCUGUGCAUAUCCUCGGGCUCCAAGGUCUCCCUCUUCAACCGCCUGCGCUCCCAGACGGUCUCCACGCGCUACCUCUCUGUGGAGGAUGGGGCCUUCGUGGCCAGCGCGCGCCAGUGGGCUGCCUUCACACUCCACCUGGCUGAUGACCACUGUUCUCAGGGGGACUUCCCACCUCGAGAGGGCUACGUCCGCUAUGGCUCCCUGGUGCAGCUCGUCUGCACUGUCACAGGCAUCACACUACCUCCAAUGAUCAUUCGUAAAGUAGCCAAACAGUGUGCGCUCCUCGACGUGGAUGAGCCCAUCUCCCAGCUACACAAGUGUGCAUUCCAGUUUCCAGGUGGUCCUCCAGGAGGUGGUGGCACCUAUUUAUGCCUUGCCACAGAGAAGGUGGUGCAAUUCCAGGCCUCCCUCUGCCCCAAGGAGGCGAACAGGGCUCUGCUCAACGACAGCUCUUGCUGGACUAUCAUCGGCACCGAGUCGGUUGAAUUCUCCUUCAGCACCAGCCUGUCGUGUACCCUGGAGCCUGUCACCCCAGUGCCCCUCAUCAGCACCCUCGAGCUGAGUGGUGGGGGCGACGUGGCCACGCUGGAGCUCCACGGUGAGAACUUCCACGCGGGGCUCAAGGUGUGGUUCGGGGACGUGGAGGCCGAAACCAUGUACAGGUAUGGCACCCUAAGUCCUGUGCCCCACCCUCAGGAGCCCGCGGUCUCUGGUGUGCGUGGUGCCGGACGUAGCCGCCUUCAGCAGCGACUGGCGCUGGCUGCGUACACCUAUCACAGUGGCGGUGAGCCUGGUGCGGGCCGACAGCCUCUUCUACCCCAGCGCCUUCUCCUUCACCUACACCCCCGAAUACAGCGCACGGCCGGGCCCCCCGGGCCUCCCGGAGCCCGCCACCGACACCGACGCCGAUGCACUUCUAGAAAGCAUCCACCACGAGUUCACACGUACCAACUUCCACCUUUUCAUCCAGACUUAGGCGCGCCCAGGCCUGGCCCCAGGCAGGUUUUCUGAGUCCUAGGCCCUGCCCUCUGCCCCUUUGUUGUGGAAGGAAAGGCCAGCGUUCAAGCUGCAGAAGGCCCUCACCAUAGAAACCCGGCCCUGCGGUUCUGACAUGGGUCACUGGCUCCUCCUUUGACAUCUAGGAAGACAAGACCUGAGUGAUGCUGUCUUUGCGUCCAAUCUCGAGUGUGGCCCUCUCCCUGCCUUUGCCUCUGCUUCACUCUCUAAAUCAAACAAUCUCUGUCUGUCUCCCUCAGUAACUUUGUAGAUCUCUCUAUUUGUGUGUUCCUAUCACUCCAUCUUUGUCUCUCUCCUUCUCUCUGUGUGUCUCAUAUACAGCUUCACACACUCUGAGGAGCCAGGCCUGGGGCAUUUGCUGGGUCUCCUUUUGAAGAGAAAACACAGAGCUCCACACACCCAGGCAUGGCCUGCAGAAUACUGAGUCUUUCCUGGAGCACCAAGUCCCACCUGGAGCACCACGUCCUGCUUGGAGCACACACACCUGCCCCUCCUUGUAUUCCCUAUAGCUGGAGCCAGGCAUAGUAACCUUGCCUGUGUUUGCUGUCUGGCCCACACCUUUGGUGGCUGGCAGGUGCCUGGGCCAGUGGGCAGGUCCUGUCAUCUUGACCGUCCGCCCAUGCACGCCUCUUGCAGGCCCAGUAGGAUGCAGUCUUGAGGAUCAGGGAUCCCUCCGCCAUGCUUGCAGCAACCCCAAUCCAAGGCAGAAUCUGAUCUGUAUGACACACCUGCCUAAGAAGGGAGGUGCCCAGUGUACUUCACACACACACACACACACACACACACACACACACACACACACGAACUAAAAGUGCGAUGGAGCAAAGUCUACCCUUUUGACCCUUUCUAGAGAAGGAAUGGGGUUCAGAAGCAAUUUGCAUCCCUGACCCCUGUACCUGCCCUGGGGGCCACCUCUUGGAUCUUAUGAUAAGUUACCCUACUAGAUAUCCCCUACCCCAAGCAAAGAUGCACCCCGAGCUCAGAUGCAAACACAGGACACAGGACACAGGACAAAACUUUCCCAGGACAACUCUGGGCAGAACUCCUGGGAUCGACUGGGCAAUAACCCAGCUGAGAGAACUCUGCCUGGAGCCCAGGGACCAACUCACAAGCCAUCCCUGCCCAGCCUGCCCACCCUCUGCCUGGCCUGUGCUCUAUAGGGAAGCAGAAGAAAUGGGAACAUAGAUAUCACGGGUGCCAGCCACCUGUACCAACCUCUGCUGGUGCCAAAUGGAGAGAACUGGUCUGCAAUGUGGGUUCAGGGCUCUCACUCCCCUGGGCCCUUCCUUGAACUCUGAAAAGGGGCUCACUUCCUGUAAAACUCCUCCCCCGGAACAUGGAAAGUCCUGUGAGAAAGAAGAUGCUGAGGUUUUCCAAGGGGUUUGCUCUUUAGACUCCCCAAAGUCUCCAUCAGCAGACUGAACCCGCUAUGAUCAGGAAGGAGAAACUUGUUCAAAGCCCGUCAUGGCCCCUGAGAGUGAAUCCUGGCAGAGAAAUGCAAGGCACAAGUUGAACGGGGAAUGUCCCCAACACGAGUGCACGCCUCAGGAGAGUUUGGGCUUAUUGCCCGUGAUGAUGUUGAAGCCGGAAACCACUCAUAAGGAGAAUAAGAGGAGUUUCAUAGCACACCACAGAGGAAGUUGGGGCUCAAGGGCCCAUUCAGCCCUGCCCUGAAGUACCUCCUCUGCCACUCCACAAGGCAGGAGUGCCAGAGGCCAAGAGCCUAGUUUGGCCUGAAAUCCCAGGCCCAGACGUGCAACUCUGUCAUCUGUCCUCCUGCCCAUCUUGGAUCAAAGGGCUUUGUGUACGUGUCAAGUGUCCCCUCUAGUCUAUGAGCUUCAUGUGGAAAGGAGCUCAUUGCUGCGUUCCCUGGAGGGUGCAGUACAACGCCUUGAACACCGA